CAAGCGGAUAUCACAAUGUUACAUGGUGUUUCAACUUCCCGGACUAUGCGUGUAUUGUAACAUUUCACUAUAGUGUUUGAAACUAAGCCACACAGUUUUCUAUAACAGCCAUGUCAUUUAGCUGACAUUUGUAACUAGUUCUUGACACACAGUUUGAACGCACUGGCUAAAAAAAAAGACCGAGAUGUAAAAAAAUUCACUCUUGGUUGGUGCAUAUGAUAUAUAUUCAGGUUAUACACUACUUUUUUUACGUUUGAAUGGCCACACGUUACGUUUUUGUCUGCCCAUAUACUGUACGUAUCACACUGUAGCUGAUGUCCAUGUGGUGAACAGUGUCAGUGGAGUUUCAGUCUCUGCUUGAAUGUUUAAGUGUUGCAUCUUUACUUCCUCGUGUUUUUCUAACAGCCUCAGUGCAGAUUCACACAUUAUUAUUUGACUUGCUCAGAGGUUCAGCACUCACUACAGGUACUAAUGCAGCCACAACACAUUUGAAACUUUAAUACAUUUUUAAAACAUACCUGGGAAUCAUUUUAAGGAAAUAUGAGACACUGUGGAGGAUUGGAUAUUUGAACUAAUUUGCAGUAAAACUAGUCGAUCACGAGUGGGUCAACAGGCAGAUCUAUAGAUAAACUCAUCUUUCAGGCUUUUGACCGACCAGGUUGACACUUCAGAGUGAGAAAUCGAGGGUGUGGCGUCGUGAGAGCGUGAGAAUUGGCUCAAUUGCGUGAGUCUUUCAGCUGAAUACGUGAGAGUUGGCAGCCCUUUAUGUUGUUCAGUUAUGUGUGAAGAAAGUGUUUUAUUUUUCAUUUUGAGUAAAUGUUUUAUAUCAAAUUAAACAAGAGAAUCUGCUGAUUUAGAUUAACCUAUACCAAUAUAUUUUAACAGGCUUUAACCAGUUUAUAACUGCCAUACAUUAUUUCUGUUAUUUAACAUGGUUUUGUUAUAUUUGUUCAAUCAAUUCAUGGAUAUUGAGUGUUGAUGUUAACUAGGAACUAAAGUAGGUUACAAAAUUGUGUUGCACACAGACACUUUUUAAGGUGCAACAGGAAAAACAGACUUUUGGGUAUUUCAACUGAACUCAUUCCUGGUUAUAUGCCUUGGUUAGGCCUAUAUGCAGCCAGCGAGGUGUCAUUUCUGCUCUGAAACAGAAACAGUUCAAGAAGUGACCAGCUCCUCUCAUGCACACACACACACACUCCGCUAUAGACAUGAUUUACCUUCUGGUUCUCUCUGGGGUUUUACUUUACGUCUCAGGUGUUGCUGGAGUUAAUGCACUGGAACUUAAUAUAGCAGUGAAAUCUGGAUCAUCUGUCAUUCUUCCAUGUGUGUAUGAUAAACAAUAUAAAGAAAACCGCAAAUAUUUGUGUAAGGGACAAUUUCGGAGCACUUGCCUAAUAUUGGCAUAUGCAGGACAGACAGGAAGAUAUUCCAUCCCUGAUUAUCCAGACCAGAGUAUUUUUACAGUGCGAUGGGACAAUCUGCUGAAGUCAGACUCUGGAUAUUACUGGUGCGCUGUGGAGAUUGGUGGCUAUGACAUCAGUUAUUAUUUGUAUCUGACGGUGCUAACAGUUCCUGAUGUGUCUGUGAUGAACAGCAGUGUAUCUGGACAUGAAGGUGAUGAUGUCAGUGUCCAGUGUCUCUACAGCUCUGAAUAUAAGAAUAGACUCAAACAGUGGUGUAGAUAUAAAGAUAAGGACUGUUACACAGUGGGGAGGACUGACACAUCCCAGAGUUCAUCAGUCCAGAUCAGUGAUGAUGGGAGAAGCUCCUUCACUGUGUUGAUGACUGGACUGAGACUCAGUGAUUCUGGAUGGUUCUUGUGCUCAGUAGGAGAUCAACAGGUUCCUGUUCAACUCACUGUCAAACCCAAACCUGUGACACGUAUUCUAACAGCAACACCAUCUGACCCUGAGACAGACAAGGACACAACUCAGGCAUCUGCAAACAGAAAUCCUACAAGCGUGAAUGAAAUAAUAAACACAGUUAUGAUUACUGAUUUAAGACCUGAGACACACAUAGAUGAAGCCCAUCCAUCAGCAACUGUUAAUAGAGAACAUCGCCAGGAUAAGCAAAACAAGCCUGAUAUGAUUCUGCUCAUGAGUCUUGUAUCGACGCUUGUGCUGUUCCUGCUCGUUUCUCUGGUUGUAAUAGUAACCUGGAUGCUGAGAAAGAAGCUGGAGAGGGGUCACAUUAGAGAAGAAGAACAUUUGAACCCCACCAGUAAUACAACGGCCUCUGAAAACCAGAUGACAUCCAUCCAUCCAGCAGCUGCUACUUCUUCGGCCUCAGUGGACGACUGUUCGGUGAUUUACAGUUCUGUGAUCCCUAAAAAAGGCCGUAAGAAAAAGGCAGCUUUAUCAUCAGUGGAUCCAAAGGGAGACCUGAUCUACAGCUCUGUGAACAAACCUCGAAAGCCUGCUUUAUCAUCAGUGGAUCCAGAGGGAGACGUGAUCUACAGCUCUGUGAACAAACCUCGAAAGCCUGUGAGUUUAUAUCCAUAUCCAUACACACCCUGCUCCUUAAUGACGCUAUGAGCGAAUGAAAGUAAUUCAUUGUAA